UCAAGUUGCAGGAUUACAUUUACAUACUAUGAAUAUAUAGUAUAAAAGUUUGAUAAAAACUGUGUUUAUUAAAUGUGUAACUAUUUCAUGAAGAUAAUAAUGGCUUACUAUUUAUAUGGGAAUGUGUUACCAUAGCCAUUUUUCCCUCAAGUGCAUUGUCCUCAUUUGUGUUAUUUUUAGAAAUAAACUGGAUUCCGAUGGGAAGCAUUAUCAGCAGGAUGUGUUGUAUUUUCAGAAGCUCAAUAAUCUCACUCAGACAACGUUUUGGACUAGCAGUUCAGUGUUCCGUCUGUUACAGUAACACUAUUCUUGCAAAACUUUCAUUGAAAGUAAGUCCAGUUAAUUUUUGCAAACAAAAAUGUAGAUGACCGAUGAAAACAUGAAAAAUGUUGAAAAACACAUUUAAAGAUGUGAUCAAAUUGUUCCUUGUCUCUAGGCCUAAAACACCAGGUAGAAUGGACUUCUCAAAUACUUCAAACCUCAACAGUACUGUGAAAUCACAGACUCUUUUCUGCUACGAGUCUUUGAGUGGAUCGUGUGUGAGGUUUGCUCGACCCCUGAGCGUUCAGGUUCCGAUGUUCACAUCGAUGGUGUUGGCCAUAUUGGUGACUGUUAUUGGGAACCUUCUGGUCAUCACCUCCAUUGCACACUUCAAGCAGCUCCAAACCUCCGUAAACCAACUGCUCGUCUCCCUGGCUGUGUGUGACCUCCUUCUGGGAGUGUUUGUAAUGCCGUGCAGUGCUGUGCGCUCUGUCCAGGGCUGUUGGUACCUAGGAGGGUUUCUGUGUAAGCUCCACACCAGCACUGAUAUUAUGCUGAGCACAUCCUCCAUCUUCCAUCUAUCCUUCAUCUCCAUUGACCGUUACUUUGCUGUCUGCAGGCCACUAUCAUACAGACUGAUCAUCACCAAUAACACUGUAUUGAUCAUGAUCACCACCAGUUGGCUGGUCCCUGCCAUUUUUKCUUAUGGAAUGAUCUUCCCUGAGAUCAAUCUGAAAGGCAGGGAGGAUUUCUAUGAAACACAUGUCAAGUGCAUUGGAGGCUGUCAGGUGUUCUUUAGUCCAGUGGCRGCUGUAGUAGYAUCCUCCUUCWGUUUUUACAUCCCAGGCAYGAUCUUGAUUUGUAUAUAUUCCAAGAUAUAUUGGGUUGCCAGGGCUCAGGCCAGGUCCAUUAAAGAUUUAUCUYGUCAGUUUAAAGAGGCAGACUCUGGACGUAGAGAAAGACGAGGGGCAAAUAUUCUUGCAAUAGUAGUUGGAGUGUUUCUAAUCUGCUGGAGUCCCUUUUCCUUGUGCCUCAUCAUUGACCCUUUCAUAGAGUACUCUAUCCCCCCGCUGUUGGGGGAUACCCUGGUUUGGUUUGGAUAUUUGAACUCUGCUUUUAACCCUAUUGUCUAUGCUUUCUUUUACACUUGGUUCAGGAGGGCUUUGAGAAUCAUCAUCAGUGGUCACAUCUUUCACAGCGGCGUUCUUGUAGAUUUAGAUUGUAUUCUGAGUAAAGUUUCAGUUGACAUUGUAUGA